GUUGAGGACAUGGGAACAGAGAAUACAACACUUCUGUCACAAUUUGUUCUCACAGGACUCAGUCACCAACCACAGUGGAAAAUCCCCCUGUUCCUGCUGUUCUUGGUGAUCUAUCUCAUCACCAUUGUGGGGAACCUUGGUCUGAUCACUCUCAUCUGGAAUGACCCUGGCCUUCACAUCCCCAUGUACCUAUUUCUAGGGUGUUUAGCCUUUGUGGAUACUUGGUUAUCAUCCACAGUCACACCAAAGAUGCUGCUCACUUUCAUAGAUAAGAGUAAACUGAUCUCUCUCUCUGAAUGCAUGAUACAGUUUUUUUCAUUUGUAAUGUGUGCAACCAUGGAAUGUUUUCUCUUGGCAGCGAUGGCCUAUGAUCGCUAUGCAGCCAUAUGCAAGCCUUUACUCUACCCAGUGAUCAUGACAAAUAGACUGUGUGUACGUCUCAUAGCCUUGACCUUCGUAACUGGAAUUCUUCAUGCUUCAAUUCAUGAAGGCAUGUUAUUCAGAUUAACCUUCUGCAAUUCCAACGUAAUACAUCACUUUUACUGUGAUGUUAUGCCACUGCUAAAGAUUUCCUGUACUGACCCUUCUCUUAAUUACCUCAUAAUCUUUAUUUUCUCUGGCUCAAUCCAAGUAUUCACUAUUUCAACUAUUCUAGGCUCCUACACAUUUGUUCUGUGUACAGUCUUAAAAAAGAAAUCUAGCAGAGGUGUAAAGAAAGCCUUUUCCACCUGUGGGGCCCACCUCUUAUCUGUGUCUUUAUACUAUGGCUCUCUUCUCUUCAUGUAUCUGCUUCCUGGAUCUCAAAAAGUGCAGGAUGAAGACAUGAGGGACUCUGUAUUCUACACUGUCAUAAUCCCUGUGAUGAAUCCAGUUAUCUACAGUCUGAGAAACAAGCAAAUCACAGAUUCACUGGCAAAAUUCUUAAAGAGAAAGGCUUAG